GGAAUAUAUAUAUAUAUAUAUAAUGGAAACAUCAACAAGAAAAUCCAUGAUUUCCAGCAGUACAAGUGAAGGGUUAGAUAGAAUAAGCUCAUUGCCAGAUGAUAUACUCCACAAAAUCCUUUCAUAUCUCUUUAUUUUGGAUGUGGUUCAGUUGAGUGUAUUGUCUAAAAGAUGGAAAUACAUAUGGACUACAAUGCCUUACUUGCACUUUGAUCUUGAUACUUUUUUCCAAGAAAAUCGAAAAAUUUGGGAUCUUGAAGCUUGUUAUCUGGGAAACGCUCAGAAAAUUGAAAAUUUUAUCAAUUGGGUCUUAAUUUCCCAAAGGGCGACUAAGCUUGUUCGUUUUCUUCUCUGUUGUGGUGCUAUCGAUGGUGUCUUUGACAAGAUGGCUAUUUUUCGGUGGAUUCAUGCCGCGACAAGGCGAAAUGUUCAACAACUUGUGUUAGAAUUUUCUCUUGAUGAGCCAUUUGAGUUGCCAUAUUGUCUUGCAACUUGUGAAUCUUUGCAAGUUUUAAAGCUACACCUGUCUGGGAACAUACUUAAACUGCCUAAUCAUUUUGGACUUCGUCACCUGAAAUUGCUUCAUCUUGAGGAGGUCGAGUUAUCAGAUGAGCAUUUGACAAGUUGCUUGUUCUCAAAAUGUCAUCUCCUUGAAACUUUGAUCUUACAUGAAUGUAGUUUAGGAGAUAUGACACUACUUGAUAUUACUUCAACAUCUCUUAUUUAUCUUACUGUUGCAACGCACUGUUGUAAUGUGAAGUGUUAUCGCGAUUGUGAAUAUGUGGAGGUUUAUGGCAAUUGUGAAGUCAAAAUCUCUUGUCCCAAUCUCAAGUUCUUAAAAUAUAAAGCUUCAAUGCCAAAGGACAUGAUCAUCAAGAAUCUGCUUUCAAUAGAAGAUGUUUGUAUCGUCUUUACUGAUACAAUCCGCUCCAUUGAAGACACUGGCAUAGUUGUGCAUAAGAUGAUCAAGGAGUUUCCUUCUACAUCAGUUUUGAAGCUAUGCAAGUCUUCCAUUUCGGGUCUAUAUGAAGCGACUAGCAAAGAAAGACUCUCUCCCGUCUCCUUUUAUAAGCUGAAGUCCUUAAAGCUGGAAGUGGGAGUUGAUGAAGGUUUUAUGCAAGUUAUGAUAUUAUUGCUCAAGUAUUCUCCUAAUCUGGAGGGUCUGAAAUUGUGCUCUGAUGAGUGUGGAGGCUGGACUGAGAAUUGGCAGAUGCAUGAUCCUGAAGAAAGCCUUGUGUGCUUGGAGUCUCAUCUAAAGUCAAUUCAGUUGACUGGUUUCAAAGGUGAAGAAAACGAGAUAGAACUGCUGAGGUUUUUUCUGAAGCAUGCACGAGUGUUGGAAAAACUGAUGAUAGUCUGGGAAGAGGGCGCUUAUAAAUCAGAAGAGGCAUCAGAGAGGGGUCUGUACCAUGUGGUUCACAGUGUAAGACUCUCUCCAGUCUCUUUUCAUAAGCUCAAGUCCUUAAAACUGGAAGUGGUAAUUCAUGAAGAGUCAAUGCAAGUUAUGAUACUAUUGCUCAAGUAUUCUCCUAAUAUGGAGGUUCUCAAAUUGUGGUCUGAUGAGAAUGUAGACGAGAGUGUGAAUUGGCAGCUGCUUGAUCUCGAUGAAAGCAUUAUGUGCUUGGAAUCUCAUCUAAAGUCAAUUCAGUUGACUGGUUUCAAAGGUGAAGAAAACGAGAUAGAAUUACUAAAGUUUUUCCUGAAGAAUGCACGAGUGUUGGAAAAACUGAUGAUUGUCUGGGAAAUGGACACCGAUAAGUCAGAAGAGGCAUUAGAGGAGGUUUAUAAGUUUCCUAGAACUUCUUCACACGUUGUUCUGACGUUUCUUGAUGCCAAGCCCGAACCAAGAUCUCGUAAGUGGUACAAUUCAAAAUGACUCUACGUAGUAGAGGAUUAUUCGAUUGUUGGAUGUACUCUUAUCGAGAUUUCUCUUAAAGAUUCAAGUCAGAACCAGAUUGUAUAAGCAAUCUCAUGGGACUGUUAUGUUUAUGAAACUUCUAUUGCUGCUUUGCGUUUCAUGUUUGAACUGCUAUAGAGUAACCAGGAAGGACAUGUCUUUUUUCUAUGGGAAAGUAUCAAGCAGGAUUCAAAAAAUAAUUAUAAUGCUUCAGCAUACCAAUGCAUUUGCAAGUUGCAAUUAACACCUUUUAUUCUCA